AUGCGGAAUGCUACCUCCGAGCGCGAUAAUGCCGAGGAAAAGCACAAGAGCAUCGCAAAGAACAAACGUGACCGCCAAAACGCAAUCAAGCGCGAAAAGCGAAAGGUAAUACGCCGAGAACACCGAAAACACCGAGAUGCGAUUUCUGUACUUGAUGGAGAGAAACCGACGAUUGAAGCCCGUCUUCCAGAGCUUAGCGACAAGAUUCGUCCGCUAGAGAAAGAGGAAUCGAAGCGAUCCGAUGCCCUCAACGCUGUUAAACUGCAACAGAAGGCUUUGGCAAAGCUUGAGGACAAGGCGGCUAUCAUUGGCGGCCUCAAGAACCUGUCAUAUUUGGGAGUUGAUGGGAUUACAGAGUGGAGUGUUCACCGGCAGGAGUUGUUUCUGGAUAUUAUUGCCGACAAUAACGUUGAUGAUAUUCUGUGCUGUCGGCAAGCAAUCCGGAAGAAGCAGGUGGUUAUGGAAGUGGACGAUGCGCCAACACGGCUUGAGGAUGACGAGCAAGCCCGGGAUUGA